AUGAGGCCUACAGGACCCUGCUACGUCCUAAUAACCAGCCUAACUAUCCUCUUCUACAUGGGUUGCCAAGCGCAGAAACACCCCUUUCUGGACAUUGCAGUUAUUUUGGUAGGAACCUCAGAAGAGGUCGCCAUCAAAGACGUUCACGAAAAAGAUGACUUCCACCACCUGUCUGUGACGCCUAGAGUGGCGCUGGUCAGCAUGAACGAAUCGGACCCUAAGAGUAUUAUCACAAGAAUAUGUGGCCUCAUGUCUGACAAGAAAGUCCAAGGGGUUGUAUUUGGUGAUGAUACAGAUCAGGAGGCUAUCGCCCAAAUUUUAGACUUCAUCUCUGCCCAGACACUUACUCCUAUCCUUGGUAUUCAUGGAGGCUCCUCAAUGAUCAUGGCUGAUAAGGAGGAAUCAUCCAUGUUUUUCCAGUUUGGCCCCUCCAUAGAGCAGCAAGCCUCAGUAAUGCUGAACAUCAUGGAGGAAUAUGACUGGUAUAUCUUCUCCAUCAUCACCACCUACUUCCCAGGGUACCAGGACUUUGAAAAUAAGGUUAGAAGCACCAUUGAAAAUAGCUUUGUGGGCUGGGAACUGGAAGAAGUUAUUCACCUGGAUAUGUCUUUAGAUGACAAUGACUCUAAGAUCCAAAACCAGCUGAAGAAGCUCCAAAGUCCGGUCAUUAUGCUUUAUUGCACAAAAGAAGAGGCCACCUAUAUCUUUGAGGUGGCCCACUCAGUAGGUUUGACUGGAUAUGGCUAUACCUGGAUUGUACCUAGUUUGGUGGCAGGAGACACCGACACUGUGCCAGCUGAGUUCCCCACGGGGCUCAUUUCUGUAUCCUACGAUGAGUGGGACUAUGACCUUCCCGCUCGGGUUAGGGACGGGAUUGCUAUAAUUACUACAGCAGCUUCUACAAUGUUGUCUGAGCACAACUCUAUCCCUCAAUCCAAGAGCAGUUGCUACAAUGUGGAGGAUACACGAAUUGAUGAAGCCCACAUGUUAAACAGGUAUUUGAUCAAUGUAACGUUUGAAGGCCGGAACCUCUCGUUCAGUGAAGACGGAUACCAAAUGCACCCCAAACUGGUGAUCAUCCUGCUCAACCAGCAACGCAAGUGGGAACGGGUUGGGAAGUAUAAGGACCGAAGUCUGCAGAUGAAGUACUAUGUGUGGCCUGUGUUUGAACUCUACCCAAAUUCAGAGGAGCACAAGGAUGAACAUCUGAGCAUUGUCACCCUGGAAGAAGCCCCCUUUGUUAUUGUGGAAGAUGUUGAUCCAUUGAGUGGCACCUGUAUGAGGAACACUGUCCCGUGUCGCAAACAAACACGUGUUGAGAAUCGAACAGACGAGGGAGGAAACUAUAUCAAGAGAUGCUGUAAAGGUUUCUGCAUAGAUAUCCUGAAGAAAAUUGCUAAGAAUGUCAAAUUCACAUAUGAUCUGUAUCUGGUGACCAAUGGAAAGCAUGGAAAGAAAAUUAAUGGCACAUGGAACGGGAUGAUCGGAGAGGUGGUCACCAAACGUGCCUACAUGGCUGUUGGGUCUCUCACCAUCAACGAGGAGCGUUCAGAAGUGGUCGACUUCUCAGUACCUUUUAUAGAGACCGGUAUUAGUGUGAUGGUGUCAAGAAGCAACGGGACUGUGUCUCCAUCUGCUUUUCUUGAGCCGUUCAGUGCUGACGUCUGGGUCAUGAUGUUUGUGAUGCUUCUUAUUGUUUCUGCCGUUGCUGUGUUUGUAUUUGAAUAUUUCAGCCCCGUUGGAUACAACAGGUGCCUUGCAGAUGGCCGAGAGCCUGGGGGACCAUCAUUCACUAUAGGAAAAGCUAUCUGGCUGCUUUGGGGCCUGGUGUUCAAUAACUCUGUGCCUGUGCAGAACCCUAAAGGAACCACCAGUAAGAUUAUGGUGUCAGUCUGGGCCUUCUUCGCUGUCAUCUUCCUGGCCAGUUACACAGCCAACCUCGCUGCCUUCAUGAUCCAAGAGGAGUAUGUGGACCAGGUGUCCGGCCUGAGUGACAAAAAGUUCCAGAGACCAAAUGACUUCUCCCCAGCGUUUCGAUUCGGUACAGUUCCCAAUGGCAGCACUGAACGUAAUAUCCGUAACAACUACCCAGAGAUGCACUCGUACAUGGUGAAGUUUAACCAGAGAUCUGUGCAAGACGCUCUCUUGUCUUUAAAAACUGGCAAGUUAGAUGCGUUUAUCUAUGAUGCUGCUGUCUUGAACUACAUGGCUGGACGAGAUGAAGGCUGUAAGCUUGUGACUAUUGGUAGCGGGAAGGUGUUUGCAUCGACUGGCUAUGGCAUUGCUAUCCAGAAGGAUUCGGGUUGGAAGCGGCAGGUGGAUUUGGCUAUUCUGCAGUUGUUUGGUGAUGGUGAGAUGGAGGAGUUAGAAGCUCUCUGGCUUACCGGCAUCUGCCAUAACGAGAAGAACGAAGUAAUGAGUAGCCAACUGGACAUUGAUAACAUGGCUGGCGUCUUCUACAUGUUGGGGGCUGCCAUGGCUCUAAGUCUCAUCACAUUCAUCAUGGAGCAUCUGUUCUUCUGGCAGUUCAGGCACUGCUUCAUGGGCGUGUGCAAUGGGAAGCCCGGCAUGGUGUUCUCUAUCAGUAGGGGUAUCUACAGUUGUAUUCACGGAGUCCCUAUAGAAGACAGACAGUCUACCAUGAAUUCUCCAUCAGCCACGAUGAACAAUACCCAAUCAAAUAUCCUCCGUCUCCUCCGCACAGCCAAGAACAUGGCCAACCUCUCAGGAGUGAAUGGUUCUCCCCAAAGCGCUUUGGACUUCAUAAGGCGCGAGUCUUCAGUCUAUGACAUUUCAGAACACAGGCGAAGCUUCACACACUCUGAUUGUAAAUCCUUCCAGCCAGAGGAGAAUUUGUUUAGUGACUACAUCUCCGAGGUGGAAAGGACCUUUGGCAACCUUCAACUUAAAGAUAACAAUGUGUACCAAGACCACUUCCACCAUCACAGACCUCACAGUAUAGGAAGCAACAGCUCUAUUGAUGCAUUGUAUGAUUGUGAAAAUGCCCCUUUCACAACGCAGCCAAGACCUCUCUCCAAAAAAACCCUAGACUUACUGCCAUCCAAGCACUCAACAACACCAAUUGGUGACCUGUAUGGCAAAUUUUCCUUCAAGAGCGAUCGUUAUGGUGCCCCUGAUGAUUUAAUUAGAUCUGAUGUCUCUGAUAUAUCCACACAUACUGUCACCUAUGGAAACAUUGAGGGUAAUGCAAAGCGGAGGAAAUACAAAGACAGCUUGAAAAAACGACCAGCAUCUGCAAAAUCCCGGAGAGAAUUUGAUGAAAUUGAAUUGGCCUAUCGCAGGAGGCCAAGAUCUCCUGAUCAUAAACGCUACUUUCGGGACAAGGAAGGCUUACGGGAUUUUUACCUGGACCAGUUCAGGACCAAGGAGAACAACCCCCAUUGGGAGCAUGUAGACCUAACCGACAUCUACAAGGAAAGAGAAGAGGAUUAUAAGCAUGAAAGUUCUUGCGCUAACAGGCAACACCAGAAGCAUGCAGGAGAGUUUGGGCAGAAUGAACGUAAACAUGGCACUGGAGGGACUGCCUGGGAUAAAAACAUGAGCAACUUAGAGUGGGAGGAUAGAGCUGCAACCAACUUCUGUCGUAAUUGCCCAUCAAAGAUGCACAACUUCACAGGACAGAACACCACCCGCCCAGCUUGUAUUCGCUGUGAGGUCUGCAAGAAAGCAGGAAAUCUUUAUGACAUCAGUGAGGAUAAUUCUCUGCAGGAUCUAGACCGCCCAGUUACAGCACCCAACCCCAAAUAUCCACAGAGUCCAUCUAAUGGCAAGGCUCUGAAACGAAAUCGAAGCAAACUCCACCGCCAGCACUCCUAUGACACUUUUGUUGACCUUCAGAAAGAAGAUGUGACCUUAGCCCCCCGCAGUGUCAGCCUAAAAGAUAAGGAACGAUUCUUGGAUGGUAGCCCAUAUGCCCACAUGUUUGAAAUGCCCAAUGAGACCACCUUCUCUAGCAAGUCUCAUGGUCCAAGUCAUAAUCCUGGUAGCUAUAUGCUCAGCCGUUCCUUGUACCCAGACCGGGUCACCCAAAACCCAUUUAUUCCCACUUUUGGGGAUGACCAGUGUCUGCUGCAUGGGAGCAAGCCCUAUUAUUUUAGACAGCCUGCCAUUGGUGGCUUAAAGGGAAGGUCGGACCUCCGAUCAUCUGGGAAAUCUCUCUCUGCUCUCCAUGCGGGUCCCCCAGGUCGAUUCCAAAAAGACAUUUGUAUAGGAAAUCAACCCAAUGCCUGCAUUUCAAACAAUAAGAACCCCAGAUCUUUCAACAAUUCUACUAAUGGCCAUGUGUACGAGAAGCUUUCCAGCAUUGAGUCUGACGUCUGAGAGGGGAGGUGGGCUGGGACCUAAAUUCUCCCCUUCCCAAACCCCAAAUGCUAGUCUCUUAUAGUGAAGCAGGACUGAGGUGUCCCCGAAUGAAGUUGGGGCAGGAUAUGUGAGAUGGAGCCUUUCUAUUCCCCAAAUUAUUCUCUUCCUGGGGCCAUCUUGUAUUUCCAACCAUAUGGAGUUCCAGUUCCAGCCUGCAGAAGCAUUAAGCUGUAAUCAGAGAAGGGAAAUGGGAUUGUUUGUUUUCAUUUAUUAAAGACAUACAAUGAUUGCCAUAGGGGAGGGAUGAAAGAGUUUAUAAAGACAUUCUCAAGAGUUUUCUUUCAAAACAAUGAGAUGAAGAUCUGGAAGAAGGCUUAGUGUAACAGAGCUCUUAGGCAAAAGUAUAAAGAGGAGAUGGGUAAGGAAUAAGUUUCAGAGAUGGGAGAAUGAUAGAGGGUUCUGCUCACAUUAUAGGAAGCUUCCAUGAAAACCAUCUGAUAGAGUAUAACAAUGUAGAG